AGAGAGAGAGAGAGAGAGAUGGGAGGAGGUGAGCUUUGUGCAAGAAUAGGAAGUGGGUUAUUGACAAGGCUAGGAAAUUCAUGGAUAAAAAUGGAGAAAGGUCUAAAUGAAGCAGUGUCAAAGAGCAAGGUUGGCAAAUACUUCAAGUUGGAGGAGAGGAAGAGCUGUUUCACUAAAGAACUACGUGCCGGCACCGCUACUUUUCUUACCAUGGCAUACAUAAUCACCGUCAACGCCACCAUCCUUGCUGACUCGGGCGCUACUUGCUCUGUUUCGGACUGCACAGCCACGGCCAACCAGACUGCUACUACUCCAGAUCCAGACUGCAUGUUCAAACCUAACGCUGGCUACCAGAACUGCCUCUCUAAGGUCAAGGCUGAUCUUAUUGUGGCCACUGCUUUGUCAUCUAUGAUCGGCUCCUUUGCUAUGGGCAUUUUCGCUAACCUUCCCCUGGCUCUUGCCCCAGGUAUGGGCCCAAACGCUUACCUAGCUUAUAAUUUAGUGGGCUUUCAUGGUUCUGGUGGGUCCAUGUCAUAUCAAACUGCCCUGGCAGUCGUAUUGGCUGAAGGCUGUGCCUUUCUUCUCAUAGCUGCUUUCGGGCUUCGGGCCAGGCUUGCUCGGCUCAUUCCUAAGCCUGUACGGUUGGCUUGCGCAGCUGGCAUUGGGCUUUUCAUUGCCUUUGUGGGCUUACAAGCCCACCAAGGUAUGGGCCUUGUGGGCUCCGAUCCGGCCACACUGGUGACCAUCUCGGCUUGCACCCGUACGAAUCCAGUCACCGGGGAGUGCACAGGGGGAAAAAUGCGCAGCCCGAGGUUCUGGCUAGGCUCGGUGGGCUUCCUAAUCAUGUCUUUUGGGCUAAUGAAGGAGAUUAAGGGAAGCAUGAUAUAUGGUAUUCUGUUUGUGACAUUAAUCUCAUGGUUUAGGGGCACAGAAGUGACAUGUUUUCCCAACACCCCACUUGGUGACUCAAACUACAACUACUUCAAAAAGGUAGUGGACUUCCACAAAAUAAAAUCCACUGCAGGGGCUAUUAGCUUCAGUCAGUUCAACAGGACUGAGGUUUGGGUGGCCCUGGUGACCUUGCUUUAUGUAGAUGUGCUAGCCACCACAGGGACAUUGUACACCAUGGCAGAAGUUGGAGGGUUUGUAAAUGAUGACGAGCAAGGAGGAGGAGGAGGACGCAUUGAAGGGGAGUACUUGGCCUACAUGGUGGAUGCCGGAACAACGGUGGUGGGGGCUGUGCUCGGAGUUUCGCCAAUCUCAACCUACAUAGAGUCGUCGGCAGGAAUAAGGGAAGGUGGCCGGACAGGACUGACGGCGGUGGUUGUGGGGGCGUAUUUCUUUGGAUCAUUGUUUUUCAUACCAUUGUUGUCAAGUGUGCCGCCAUGGGCGAUAGGUCCAUCACUGGUCAUGGUUGGGGUGAUGAUGAUGAAGGUGGUGAAGGAUAUAGACUGGAACAAUAUGAAGGAGGCAGUGCCUGGUUUUGUUACCAUGCUUCUCAUGCCACUGACUUACUCCAUAUCCAACGGCAUCGUGGGGGGCAUUGGGAUCUACAUUGCUCUAGGGUUGUAUGAUUACAGUGUGGGUUGGAUGAAUGGGUUGAUGAAGAUGAAGAGAGUGGUUGUCCAGGAACAGAAUCAAGUGUCAGCAACAACAGCUGGUCCGGAGAUGGUUGAAAUCAUUUGAUUGAUUAAGCUAGCUGUUUUGUUUGUUUGUUUUUGUUUUGUUUUUGUUUUUGUUUGUUUUGAUGAGAUGCAAUGGCAGUAGAUAGAUAGAUGCACAAGCUACCAUGAGAAGUGGAAAGUGACCUUCUCCUUAGUAGUUGUUUUGGCUACAGGCAGGCACGCGGGGGAUUGAAAAUGAGUUUUAGGAAUGUAUCACAUAGCACUUAUUAUAGUGUUGCAGCUUUUCAAGGCCGUUUGUGCAUGUAUGACUGGUGAAUGGAUGAAUUAUAAAUUUGUUGCUCUAUUCUU